CCUGCGCACACCUGAAAUACCAAGCGUAAACCAUGUCUUUCACCGGAAAAUCAAACAGCCAAUCAGGCACAACUUCAAGCACAGGAUCCAUUAAUCCAGUGAAUGAAAGCAAAAAGAAAACAUCCCUGCUAAAAGACAAUAGCUGGAUCAAGUCAAAUGUGAACGAAGACCAGAAAGUCGAACAAGAGACGAACUUUGGGAAAACUGUUCUGAGCCGUUACAAGUCCAAUGAAAGCCUCACAAGCCCUCAAGAUAAAACUAGCAAAACUGAGACUAAAACCACUACUGUCACUACUUCACCUGGCUCUUCUGUUCAAGCUCUCAGUAAAAGAUUUGGUGGGAGCCAAGACAAGCUGAAUGAAACCAGAACCCCAUUAAAUAAACCAUCCGUGAAAUCGCUGCCCAGGACAAGCACUACCAGCACGACAACAACAGUCAAAAAUGGUACAAAGACAACUGAGACGACUGUGACCACUACCAAACAGGAUGUGGUGAAAUCAUCUACCAAACUCGAGACAGUCAAUGAUAGAAACCCGGCAGAUUCAAGUACCAGGAGAACAGGUGACUACAAAACAACAAGACAAGAGGACAUCACUGUGAAGUCAUCAAAGGACACUGUUGAUGGACCGUCUUCACCUGUCAAGACCACUACAAGCAUCAAAAGCUACACCAAGGAGGACGUUUUACCAGCUAAAACAACACCAUAUUCUGUCCAAUCCACAAAGAGUGACUCCAAGACUGAAGUGGUUACUGUAAAGUCAUCAAAGACUAUCAUUGAUACCAUCAAGACUUAUACCAAGGAGGAUGUUACAUCCACAAACACAAAGAGGCCAACUUCACCUGUCAAGACCACCACUAGCAUCAAAACCUUCACCAAGGAGGAUGUUUCACCAGCUAAAUCAACAACAACAACAACCUACACCACAAAGAGUGACUACAAGACUGAAGUGGCUACUGUGAAGUCAUCAAAGGACAUCAUUGAUAUACCAGCUUCACCUGUGAAGACCACAACAAGCAUCAAAACCUACACCAAGGAGGAUGUUACAUCCCCUAAAACAACACCAUAUUCUGUGCGCUCCACAAAGAGCUCUAAGGACUUUCUGUAUGAUACUCCUACUAAAACGUCAAUCAGUGACUACAAGACUGAAGUGGUUACUGUAAACUCAUCAAAGGACAUUGUUGACAUCUAUAGCAUCAAAAGCUACACUAAGGAGGAUGUUUCGCCAACUAAAACAACAUCGGAUUCCAUCCGAUCCACAAAGAGCUCGGAGGAUCUUCUGUACGAUACUCUCAUACCGCUGUCAAUCAAAUCAACUAACAGCAAACCUGACAGCAGUCGUGAGGAUUUGUCAUCCUCCAAAACUGUCAGAACCGUGUACUCAACAAUUGACAGAAAUGAGUGGAGUACAGACUUAAGUCCUUCUUACACCAGAACGUCAUACACAGAAAGCAGGCCUUUUGAAUACAUGUCGGAUUCUCUCACAUCAAAAACUACUACGACUGUAUACUCAUCACCGGAAAGGAAAGUAAAUGCGAAGGACAUCUGCACAUAUUGCAAUCAAAGCAUGUACACAGAUGAAAAGUUUAUCUUGGAUGACAUGAACAUAAACUGUCAUGCAAGAUGUUUCAAGUGUGGGGUGUGCAAUACUUCACUGGGAAACCUGAGGGCUGGGGACAGCCUGUGGGUUUACCAGUGUGCGAUUCACUGUGCAAGCUGCUUUGGUGUCACUAAGAACAAAUGGAUGCGCUGAAACAGUUCCCACUGAAGAAGUGAGCUAAUGAAGGAGAUGAUGGCAAAUGUGAUAAAACUGCCUAUACACUGAUUAGACAUGGACACGGGUCAUUCGAUUUAUGGUGGUGGACUUCUAUCAGAUAGAGUUUGGGGUUUAUUCAUUGUAUUAAUAGAUAUUUAUAUACUUAUACAAUUACCAAUACUAAUAGGACUAUUUUAAAGGAAAAAUAACAUUAUUUUCAUAUAUUUUAUGACUGUAUUAAAUGCAGAAACACAUUUGUUUACAUCUGAAUGAUUUUUAUCAGUCAGAUCUGGUUAAGCAUCAUUCCAGUUAGCCUGUCUCUACUGUGCAAUUUGCAUGUGCUUGUGCUUGAUGUAUUUAAGGAAGUAUUUCUAUUAAAGAGAACUGAACAUGCUCUGA